GCAUAAUUGUAUACCUACCACACAUUACCAUUAAAUGUUCUAUCCUCCAACUAGGAGUUAUAGGAUCUUAUAUAUCAAGAGAUCAAAGAUUUCACUUAAAAUUGGUUUAUACCUAUACAUACAUACACGUACAUACAUAUUUCAAUUUAUCUAUAAAUGUUCACCCCUAUUAUGGUAUCCGACGGAUGGUUGCGGAGGGAGUUAUACUCGAUCCGACAGUAUUCGGUAUCAUAAUAAACGUCGGAUAAAGCAGUAUGCGGAUCGAUAAUGUGGUUUACGGAUCGAUUAAAAAAAUGGCAUUACCAACAACGCACUCAAUACGCGUUUCAAAGAAAUUUACUCGUUUCUCAUCCGCAGGUCAUUGUGUUGCGGAUAUUAUUAUAAUAAAGAUGGAGAGCAAUAAAAUGAAACGCACAACCACCAGAGAGCAAUUUAAAGGUUUAAUAUCUCGUAUGAAGGAGCAUCCUGAUAUUGCAAAAAAUUUUACCAGAAGUGCUCCUAACGAGGUAGAGCAAUUUUGGGAGAGUGUGCGUGAGGAACUGAAUUCAUUAGGGCCUCCAUCGAAGAGUAUUUCAGAAUGGAAAAAGGUUUGGUCAGAUUUUAAAUCAGCAGUAAAGAAAAAGUUGGCGCACAAUAAAAGGGAAUUACAAGCAACUGGUGGAGGCGAAAAUAGGGAACUACCUUUAUCGUCGCUAGAAGAAGAUGUUGCUGCUCUAGUGGGCCUAAACACCUGUGUUGGGGGCAUUAAAAAUUCAAAAGAGUUUGGAGUGCCUCAGAGGAGAAUUAUUGAGCAUGCCACUCCACUAAAUUCAGAGCAGGUGGUUGAAGACAUUACUCCAUCUACAUCGAAGAGAGCUCGUACAAAUUCAUAUACUUCGAGAGACGCCAUCUGCAUAGAGUUGUUGGAAAAUGAAGAUGUGGAAAAUAACCAAAACAUUCGAAAUGAACUCCGAAAAAAAAAGAGACCAGAGCAGUUUGACUUGUUAGACAAGCAAAUCGGUGUGCAGGAGAGGUUAUAUUCAAAAGUUUCGGAAGGUGUUGGUGCACAGGAACUACAUUUUAGAAAUGUAAAAAAGGAACUGAAAGAUCUGACUAGGUCGGUUGACCGUCUGGGUGAUCACCAGAAGAAAAAUAAUGAAAUUCUCCAAGCUUUUCUUGAGGAGACAAAAAGACAUAAUAUGGCUAUGGAGACAAAUGCUAUUGAAAAAUUAAGGGUGAAACAAGAACUUUUAAGCAUUGAAUUAGGAGAAGUUAACAAGCAAUUGAUACUUAAAAAAUGACUGUGAAUUAGAAAUUUGGUUUAGAUUAAGUUUUAAAGUGCAACAUUUGCCAAGAAGGCUUUUAUAUUUUAAGUUUAAGUUUUAAUGUGCAAUUGAGACUUAAAAAAUGACUGUGAAUUAGAAAUUUUGUUUAGCUUAAGUUUUAAAGUGCAACAUUUGCCAAGAAGGCUUUUAUAUUUUAAGUUUAAGUUUUAAUGUGCAACAUUUGCCAAGAAGGCUGUUUUUAUUUUGUUCUUAAGAAAUAUAUACAAACAUACAUAUAUUUAUGUACGUUAAAUGAAAACAAAAAAAUGUUUCUUUAUAAAAAGCUGUGUAGCAUUUCAUUCCGGAUUUGGUUUGCUUCAUUGGUAUACCUUUGAUGUUGUACAGGCUCGCCAUUUUCAUACUCUUCACUUUCAAAAACCCCUUCUAAAUACUCGUCUGAAAUA